AUGUCUUCUAGUGCUGAAAAAAUUGAAGGUAGUGAUGAUCUUUUAACCAGCAUUUUACUACUCCUUCCUGCAAGGCCUCUUUUCAGGUUCAAACUUGUUUCGAAACGUUGGAUGUCUCUCGUCUCCGAUCACCAUUUUUCUUACCUCUGGAAGCCUGAAUCCUUCCCACCUGCACUCAUUCUGCAGUCGCCUUUUCUCGAUUACCCUUGUUAUUACAUUCCUGAUAAAACAGAAUCUAAGUCUUCUGUUAGAUUCUUUGAUUUCAUAAUGAAUGAUGAUCCCUUUGAUGAUGUUGUAAUUUUGAACUGUUGUGGUGGUUUACUUCUUUGUCGUAAGGAGCUAUUCGAUGAGUACAUUGUGUGUAAUCCAACUACAAAGGAAUUCCAUACUCUUCCAAGUCCAAAUGUGGGGUCACUAGACAUGAGUUUGGCCUUUGAUCAUUCGAUAUCGCCUCAUUACAAAGUUAUAAAUGUUGGGAUCCAGUUCUCGAGCGUAUGGUAUUGUCUCCUUAUUGAAAUAUACUCUUCGGAUACCAACUCAUGGAGGCGAUCACGAGUCCAGUUUCCAGAAUCAUUUUUGAGCAAUUUGGGACAAUGUAAAGGAGUUUUCUUCAGUGGAGCUAUCUUUUGGAUCUUUAAAGGGGUAAAUAGCUUUUGUUAUUUUGAUAUUGAUAAGGAAAUUAUCCACUCUUAUCAAUUGCCUAAAAUGAAUGAACAUUAUUACUGUGGAUGCGUUCGCGGGAAUUUACAUCUGGUUGGCUCUUCAGUCAGUGAUUCACAUCAUAUUGAUGUCUUUGUAUUGGAAAAUGACUGCUCUUCUUGGAGCCGAAAGUAUUGCAUUGAUCGACGUGAACCAACUUCAAGUGCAAUUCGAGAAAUGAUUUGGAAUAAUCAGUUACCGUAUUUGGUUCUUUACAUGCCUUAUAAAGCUGAGUUAACGGUAAAAGGUAGGACUUGUGAGGAGUUGCCAUUACCGUCAGUUUAUCAUUUGUUCGACAAUCCAUACUGGAUAGGAGGAAGCAAACUGAGUAACGUAGGCCGGUAG